AUGACCGCGACACCGCCAGUGCACAAGCGCCUCAUCAUCUGCUGCGACGGGACGUGGAACGACGCCGACAGCGAGGACGCGUCCCCUUCGAACGUGACGCGGAUCUCGCGCCUGUUCUCCCUUGCGUGCGAUGACGGCAGCGUCCAGAUCGUCAACUACCAGAGCGGCGUCGGCACCGGCUCCAAUACGGCGGACACGCUUCUGGGCGGCGCAUUCGGCAUCGGCGUCGCCGAGCGCGUGCGCGAUGCGUACUACUUCCUCGCGCAAAACUACAUGCCCGGGGACGACAUUAUCCUGAUCGGUUUCUCGCGCGGUGCAUUCACGGCGCGCUCCGUCGCGGGGCUCAUAGGCCAGAUCGGCCUCCUCACGCGCGAGGGCAUGGAGGACUUCUACCCCAUCUUCGAGGACAUGGAGAGCUGGAACAAGCCGUCGUACAAGGAUCCGUUCCCCACGCGGCCCUUUCCCGACAAGCCGACUGGACCGCUCGCCGCGCCGCUGUACCGCCAGAAACUCGCCGACCUCGGCAUGACGCGCCCCGACGUGCCCGUGAAGGCGAUCGCGGUGUGGGACACGGUCGGCUCGCUGGGCAUUCCGCAGACGGCGCUGAUGCACAAGCUUCACCUCCAGCCUUCCGCCAAGUGGUACCAAUUCUUCGACACGAGUCUGGCCCCAAGCAUGCUGCAUGCGUUCCAGGCGCUGGCGCUGGACGAGGUACGUCCACCCUUCGCGCCUGCGGUCUGGGAGCUGGGCGACAACAACAAGACGGACUUGCGCCAGUGCUGGUUCCCCGGGGACCACAGCAAUGUCGGCGGCGGGAAGCCCGACCAGGGCAUGGCCGACAUCACGCUCGCGUGGAUGAUGGACCAGCUGGCCAGCGUCGGCGUCGAGUUUGAUCCCGAGGCCGUGGGACACUACAUCGGCCAGAUCGAGGAGUGGUACCGCAAACACCCCUCGGAGAAGCGCUGGGCGAGCCGCGAGAUCUACGAGCAGUUCAAGCCCGUGCGUCCCUGGGCCCUGGGGGCGAUCACGGGCAGCAAGAACUUUGUGUACAAGUUUGCCGGCCAGCUCACACGUACGCCCGGGACGUACCACCAGGUCGACCCCGUCAGCCUCCAGCCCAAGGAGACGUAUCUGAACACGACAAACGAGUCGAUCCAUCCCAGCGUACGCGUAAGGAUUGCCGCCGAGGGCCUUGGUCUCAAUGACAAGGGCACGUACGACGCCCCCGCCCUCCGGCACUGGAGCUACCGCGAUGGAGGGUGGGACUACACCGGGAACGAGAACAUCAAGGUCCGUCGACUGCCGGAGGCCGAGAUUGGACCGUUUGGGCAGCAGCUCCUCCAGGCGCGCAAGUCGGAGCAGCUGUUUGGGCUGCAGCUGAAGCAGUAG